AUGGAGAGCGGUGGACCGAAGGUGCUGGAAACAGCGGAGGAGAUCCAGGAAAGGCGUCAGGAGGUGUUGACUCGCUACAAGAGGUUCAAGGAGCUGGUUGCUGAGAGGGGUCAGAAGCUUGAAGAUUCCUAUCACUACCAGGUUUUCAGACGAGAUGCAGAUGACCUAGAGAAGUGGAUCUUGGAGAAACUCAAGAUUGCAGAUGAUAAGAGCUAUGAAGACCCAACUAACAUACAGGGCAAGUAUCUGAAACAUGAAUCCUUCGAAGCAGAAGUACAAGCAAAAUCAAGGGUCAUUCCUGAACUGGAAGAAAUCAGGGCAACCCGAUUUGCUGAGGGGCAUUUUGCCCAUGAGGACACCAAGGCCCAUCUGGAAGAGCUGCACAAACUAUGGGACCUGCUGGUGGAACUGACUCAGGAGAGGGGCGCCCUGCUGCUGCGGGCCCUGAAGCUCCAGCAGUACCUGCAGGAGUGCACUGACAUCUUGGAGUGGAUCGGAGACAAGGAGGCUAUAGUGACGUCAGUGGAGCUGGGUGAGGACUGGGAGCGCACGGAGGUUCUGCAUAAGAAGUUUGAGGAGUUCCAAACAGACCUGGAAGCUCGACGGGAGAAAGUGGACGGAAUAAACCAGUAUGCCAAUGAGUGCGCUGAGGAGAACCAUCCUGAGUUGCCCUUGAUCAAGCUGAAGCAGGAUGAGGUGAACACCGCCUGGAAGCGUCUCCUCAAUCUGGCUCUGCAACGACAGGCAACACUGUCCAGUGCUGCAGACCUCCAGCGAUUCAGAAGGGAUGUGACUGAAGCCAUCCAGUGGAUCAAAGAGAAGGAGCCUCAGGUCACCUCUGAGGACUAUGGCAAAGACCUUGUUAGCUCUGAGGCCCUGUUUCAUAGUCACAAGGGCCUUGAGAGGAGCCUUGCAGUCAUGGAGGACAAGGUGAAGGAGUUAUGUGCCAAAGCGGACAAGCUGAAGCUUUCCCAUCCUCCAGAGGCAUCUCAGAUCCAACAGAUGAAAGAGGAUCUGGUCUCCAACUGGGAGCACAUUCGAGCCUUGGCUACCAACAGAUAUGCGAAGCUGGAGGCUUCUUGCGGGUACCAGAGGUUCUUAUCUGACUAUGAGGAGCUAUCAGGCUGGAUGAAGGAGAAGACCGCUCUGAUCAGUGCUGAUGAGCUGCCCACAGAUGUGGCUAGUGGGGAGGCCUUGCUGGACCGGCAUCGACAACACAAGCACGAGAUUGACUCUUAUGAGGAGCGAUUCCAAUCUGCUGAUGAGACUGGUCAGGCUCUGCUGGAUGCUAGUCACGAAGCCUCUGAUGAAGUUCGGGAAAAGAUGACAAUACUUGCCGACGACUGGGCGGCCCUGCUGGGGCUGUGGGACCAGCAGCAGCUUCAGUACCUGCAGUGCUGGUAUCUGCAUCUCUUCUAUCGCGACAGUGAGCAAGUGGACAGCUGGAUGAGCAGACAAGAGGACUUCCUGGAGAACGAGGACUUGGGGAACUCCCUGGGCAGCGUGGAAGCCCUUCUUCAGAAGCAUGAUGACUUUGAGGAGGCCUUCACCGCCCAGGAAGAGAAGAUCACAACCGUAGACAAUAAUGCAAAGAAGCUGAUUGACAGUGAUCAUUAUGACUCCGAGAACAUUGCUGCUCUUCGGGAUAGCCUCUUGGCCCGGCGGGAUGCCCUACGUAAGAGGGCUGCCACUCGGCGCAAACUCCUGGAGGAUUCAUGGCUUCUGCAGAAACUGUAUGAGGACUCAGAUGACCUAAAGAAUUGGAUCAACAAGAAGAAAAAGUUGGCAGAUGAUGAAGAUUACAAGGAUAUACAGAACUUGAAGAGCCGGGUUCAAAAGCAGGAAGAGUUUAAAAAUGAAUUGGAAGAUUAUCAACGCCUGCUCAAUACACUAGAGAAAACUGGCCAGGAGAUGAUUGAGGCUGAUCACUAUGCCUCGGACAAGGUGGCUGAUCGUGUGGGUGAGGUUGUCAGCCUCUGGAAGGAGUUGUUGGCGGCUACAGAGCACAAAGGGAACCAGUUGUAUGAAGCUAACCAGGAGCUGCAAUUCAAGAACACUGCAGAAGACUUGGAGCAUUGGCUGGGGGACAUGGAGCAGCAGGUGGCCUCUGAGGACUACGGGAAAGGCCUGGCCGAUGUACAGAACCUACUCAGGAAACACGGCUUCCUGGAGUCUGCUGUGGGCACUCAUCAGGAUCAGGUGGACACCCUCAUAGACCUGGCAGCAUAUUUUGAAAAAAUAGACCAUCCUGAUGCUGGGAACAUAAAAGCAAGGCAGGAGUCCCUGGUGUCCCGGUUUGAAGCUCUGAAGGAACCACUGAGCACCCGGAAAAAGAAGCUCAUUGACUUUCUCCACCUGCAUCAGAUCUGCAGGGAUACAGAGGAUGAGGAAGCCUGGAUCCAAGAGACUGAGCCCUCAGUGGCUUCCACCUACCUUGGCAAGGACCUGAUUGUCUCCAAGAAGCUUCUGAACAGACACCAAGUCAUCCAGGAUAACAUUGCCAGUCAUGAGCCACACAUCCAAGCAAUAACGGAGAAGGGAAACAAAAUGGUAGAGGAAGUACCACUGGAGUCAGUACCACAGGAGCUCAGUAUCACAGGAGUCAGUGCCACAGGAGUCCAUACCACAGGAGCUCAGUACCACUGGAGUCCGUACCACAGGAGCAAAGUACCACAGGAGCUCAGUACCACAGGAGUCAGUACCACAGGAGCUCAGUACCACAGGAGCUCAGUACCACAGGAGUCAGUGCCACAGGAGCUCAGUACCACAGGAGUCCAUACCACAGGAGUCAGUACCAUAGGAGCUCAGUACCACAGGAGUCAGUACCACAGGAGCUCAGUACCACUGGAGUCAGUACCUCAGGAGUCAGUACCACAGGAGCUCAGUACCACAGGAGUCAGUACCACAGGAGUCAGUACCACAGGAGUCCAUACCACAGGAGUCAGUACCACAGGAGCUCAGUACCACUGGAGUCAGUAUCACAGGAGCUCAGAAAAUAAGAUCACUGAGUUGGACCAUGUUGCGGAGCAGCUCAUAGCUGAUGACCACUAUGCCAAGGAGGAGAUUGCUGCUCGGUUCCAACGGGUGCUAGACAGAUGGAAUGCUCUAAAAGAACUGCUGAUUGCUGAGCGGACAAAACUUGGUGACUAUGCUGACCUCAAAAAAUUCCACCAUGACCUUGAGGACCUGGAGGAAUGGAUCAGUGAGAUGCUGCCCAUAGCCUGCGAUGAAUCCUACAAAGAUCCCACCAACAUUCAGAGAAAAUACCUGAAGCACCAGGCUUUUGAAAAUGAGGUCCAGGGCCGAGCUGAGGAGGUGGAGGGAGUCCUCAACUUGGGGAACUCUCUGAUUGAGCGGGAGGCAUGUGACGGCAAUGAAGAGACCAUGAAGGGUCAGCUGGAAGAGCUGGACAAACACUGGAACUACCUGCUUGAGAAAACAAUUGACAAAGGACAGAAGCUCAACGAGGCGAGUCGCCAACAGAGGUUCAACACAGGCAUCCAGGACUUUAAGUUCUGGCUCUCAGAGGCAGAGACCCUGCUGGCCAUGAAAGAUCAGGCCAGAGACUUGGCUUCAGCAGGAAACUUGCUCAAGAAACAUCAGCUGUUGGAAACAGAGAUGUUGGCCCGAGAGGAUGCACUCAAGGACCUGAAUGAGUUAGCUGCUGAUCUGCUCUCCAGUGGCACUUUCAAUGUUGACCAGAUUGUGGAGGAAAGGGAUAAUGUCAACGAGCGCUUCCUGAAUGUCCAGGACUUGGCAGCCACACACCAUGAGAAACUCAAAGAGGCUUAUGCCUUGUUCCAGUUCUUCCAGGACCUAGAUGAUGAGGAAUCAUGGAUAGAGGAGAAGCUGUUACGCGUGAGCUCCCAGGACUAUGGGAGGGACCUUCAGGGGGUGCAGAAUUUGCUGAAGAAGCACAAGCGCUUAGAGGGGGAGCUGGUGGCCCACGAACCCACCAUCCAGAGUGUGCUGGAUGCGGCAGACAGGCUGGGAGAUAGGGCUGCUGUGGGACAAGAGGAGAUCCAGGAACGGCUGACUCAUUUUUUUCAACACUGGGAGGAGCUCAAAGAGUUGGCGGCAGCUCGAGGGCGUCACCUGGAGGAAUCCCUGGAGUACUUGGAAUUCAUGCAGAAUGCGGAGGAGGAGGAAGCUUGGAUCAGUGAAAAGGAAGCUAUGGUUGCCCGAGGGGGCUCUGGAGACACACUGGCCAUGACUCAGGCUGAACACUUUGGCCAUUCUAUACAACAUCAUACUGGAGGUCCAAACCAGUGUAAUAAUCUGCGCUAUGUGCUUCACAUUUUCAUUGUCGGGAAUAAAACCAAUAAACAUUACAAGGAAUUUGGCAAAAUGCAGACCCUAUCAAUGCUAGCUAUUAAACAUGUUGACAUGUGGGAAAGGAAAAACAAGAGCUCAGUAUAG